AUGAACCGUCAACAUGUUACUCUAUUGGUAAUGCUAGAUCUUAGCUCAGCAUUCAACACCGUUGAUCACGACAUCCUGCUUCGUAGACUGAAUCAUGAAUUUGGAAUAAAGGGGCGGGUUCUAGAGUGGUUUACUUCUUAUCUCAGUAAACGUUCUCCAUUUAUUUCAGUCAAAGGUGGCCGAUCUAGACUUUUUGAUGUAUCAUGUGGAGUCUCUCAGGGAUCAUGUUUGGGUCCCCUACUAUUUGUACUAUAUGUUAGUAAACUGUUUAGCAUUGUGGAAAAACACCUACCUGAUGCUCAUGCAUUCGCUGACGAUUCACAGCUCUAUGUAUCGUUCAAACCAGAUUCGACCUGUGAUCAACUUGCUGCAGUUACUGCCUUAGAACACUGCAUUGAUGAUAUAAAGGAUUGGAUGCUCUCUGAUAAAUGA